GGCGUCUGUGCGGUCUACAAGCCGCCCGGCUGGAGCAGCGCGAACGUCGUCGCCAAACUGCGCGGCGUGCUCGAGCGGGCCAUCAAGAUCCCGGGCCAGAAGAAGUUCAAGGUAAAAGUCGGCCACGGCGGCACGCUCGACCCGCUCGCGCGCGGCGUCCUCGUCGUCGGCGUCGGCCGCGGCUGCCGCGAGAUGCAGGGCUACCUCAAGGGCGCGAAGCGCUACCGCGCCGUCGCCGAGCUCGGCAAGGAGACGGACACGCUGGACGCGGAGGGCGCCGUCGUCGAGGAGGCGCCCUUUGACCACGUCACUCUGGACGCGUUGGAGGCCGCGCUGCCGGCUUUCACGGGCGACAUCCGCCAGACGCCGCCGAUGUACAGCGCGCUCCACCACGAGGGCAAGCGCCUCUACGAGCUCGCGCGCGAGGGCAUCGAGGUCGAGCGCGAGAGCCGGCCCGUGACCAUCUCGAGGCUCGCGCUCGACGAUCGCGGCGUCGGCGCCGUCGCGGGGCCGCUCGGUCUGCCGCACUUCGGCCUCGACGUCGAGUGCUCCGGCGGCACCUACAUCCGCACGCUCAUCAGCGACCUCGCGCGCCACGAGGCCGUGAAGUCCGUGGCCCACAUGGUCGAGCUCGAGCGCACGAAGCAGGGGCCCUUCGAGCUCGGCGACUGCCUCCACGAGGCCGACUGGGACUUCGACGCGAUCUGCCAGCAUUUG